AUGGAGCGGUCAGGCAAAAUCGAACACCUUGUUCAGCGCUACGGAACACGAGAAGAGCUGAUCAAGCGAGGGGUGUGGCGUGGCGAACUUUAUCGAGCGGAGGAAGCAACUUUUUUGGACCGCGGAUGGUGUUGGAAGACUCUUUUACUCGACAGAGAGGAUGAACUGCUGGUAACUGAGCUGGUACCAGUGCCCACGAACUUUGAAGAUACUGGGUGCAAUUAUGCAGAAGCUGGGAGACUUGGCGUGCGAAAACUGACGACAGAGCUGGUCCAGGAUCACCCAUUAAUGGAGGAGGACGACCGUCUCAAAGAAAGCAUAUCAGUUGAGGAAACUUUGGACAUUGUGAGAUUGGACAUAUCGAGGCUUCUGCUCGACCCGGUCUUCAGUGAUCCUGAAUGCAAGGCUGAAAUGGUGCAGAUUUUAUACAAUUACGUGGCACACAACCAUACGAGCUACAAGCAGGGCUACCAUGAACUUUGCGGAGCCGUUUACCUUCAAAUGCUGGAAGAGGAAGGAGAAACUCGAAAGCUCAACACUCUUAACAUAUUCAACAAGCUUAUGGCACAAGUGCGCCCGGUUUUCUACGAAGAAACAGCUUUGUUGCAGUUUUCAAAGCAAAAGUUUGACGCCGUCUUCAAGCUCACAGCUCCCAUGCUUCGCCAUCUUCUCACCGCGCACCAUGGUCUAGAUCAUGCCGUGUGGCUAAUACGGUGGACAAGACUGCUCUUUUUGAGAGAGUUCGACACCGCGUACGUGUUGCGAAUUUGGGACCAUCUGUUGACAUUCACAGUUCCAGUCCAGGACCUCGUUGCCUGCUGUACGGUAGUUCUGCUGAUAGCUGUGACACAAGAUCUGUACGCCUGUGAAGAUCAGGGUGAGGUGAUUAGCAUUCUUCUGCACUACCCCCAGGAUAAACUGAUAAACUGCGUGGAUCUCAUGAAACACAGCGCCAGUCUCUACGAGUUGUACGUGACGCGCCAGUACUCGGACAUGCGCGGGCUAGGCGAGAAUCUGUGCAAGGUCUACAAUCGCAGCUGGUACGAGAAGCAGACGCAGGUGGCUGACCACAACCGCUUGCGGCUCGAGGAAAGGCUGAAAAGGCGCGUGGAGCAGCGCCUGCGUAAAUAG